AUGGGACCACGACAAGAAAAACAGGCAGCAUACUUCAAUGAGAAGGCAAGCGUCGAGCCACUGCCGUGCCUGGAACAACAACAACAGGUAUGGUUUCAUGCCAAACCAACCGAGUGGCAACGUGGCCGUAUUGCAAUUGAAAACCUGUCCCCUCGGAGCUACGUCAUCUCUACACCGAGCGGUACAGAGUUCCGCAGGAACAGGAAGGACAUAUACGACCUGCGCACCAAGCAGCUGGUCCUUGCCCUGGCAACACGCAGCAGACAAGUGCCAACACUCUCCCACAAGGAGGAACCCCUCACCCAGGAGGAGCUAGUCUCCCAAACUCAAGCGGACUAUCACAGGCCGCACCACAAGGGUCUGUGGUGGGGGAAUCGGCUCAAAGCGAGCCAAGCCACACUCGCACAGAACAGAAAUAUGACACAGAACGAGUUGGAAAGACGAUUUGCACGAGAAGUGGCCGAUUGUCAAAACCCCCAACUCGACUUGUUAUCGAUGGACAUUACUGACAUUUUGAAAGGCAAAGCAGAAAGUGAUGAGGACAAACACCAUUUUAUUCCCUUCCAGCAAGUCACAGCCGAAAAUGAUUUCCUCCACACUUUAAUCCACAAGGUUGUCACUGCCAAAGACAUAAACCACAAAGGUCAAGGUCUCUGGGUUUCCAUGAAGUUACUUUCGGGUGACCUGAAGCAAAUUCGCAAGGACCACCCUCACCUUGUGGACCGAAGCACGGUGGUUGCCAGGAAAAUGGGGUUCCCUGAGAUCAUCAUGCCAGGUGAUGUCCGCAAUGACAUCUACAUCACUUUGAUGCAGGGAGAGUUCGACAAACAGAACAAAACCACGCAGAAGAACGUUGAGGUCACGAUGUGCGUCUGUGAUGAAAAUGGAGACGUAAUCCCGAAUGCGAUCUGCCAAGGUGCCGGAGACAAGGCUGUCACACAGCACCAGUCCGUGGUGUAUUACCAGCUGAAGCAGCAUCGCUGGAUGGAGACUGUCAAGGUUGCCAUUCCCAUUGAGGAUGUUCAGAGAACACACCUUCGCUUCACUUUCAAGCACAGAUCAUCUUCUGAUUCUAAGGACAAGGGAGAGAGAAUAUUUGCCAUGGCUUAUGAGAAACUAAUGAAACCAGAUGGAACAACCCUUAAAGAUGGAGAGCACAACCUGAUCUUAUACAAGGGUGACAGUAGGAAGCUUGAAGAUGCCUCCAUCUACCUGAAUAAUCUGUCCAACAAGUCGAUGAGCGACCAGAAGGCGAGCCAGGCUUCCUCGUUCCGAAGCACCGGCGGAGGUCACCACAUAUGUUCGCGGGACAGCCUUCAGAUUUCCACCCUUGUCUGCUCCACCAAACUCACACAGAACGUGGACCUCCUGGGCUUGCUAAAAUGGCGCUCCAACAUCAGGGCUCUGAACGAGAACCUGAAGAAGCUGAUGAAGGUGGAUGGAGGUGAAGUCGUCAAGUUCUUGCAGGAUACGCUAGACGCUCUGUUCAGUAUCAUGAUGGAAUUUUCGGACAGCAACACAUACGACAAGCUGGUGUUUGAUGCCCUGGUGUUUCUCAUUGGGCUGAUAGCAGACAGGAAGUUCCAACACUUCAAUGCUGUUCUGGAAGCUUACAUUCGACAGCACUUCAGUGCUACCUUGGCUUACAAGAAGUUGCUGUCAGUGCUGACGGAGUAUGUGGACACAGCGAGCCGCGGCCUCGACUGCGAGCCUCUCAAACGAGCAUUCAAAGCAUUGGAGUACAUCUUUAAGUUCACCGUCCGUUCAAGAUGCCUCUAUUCGCAGCUGUAUGAGGGCAAGGAGAAGAAGGAGUAUGAUGAUUCGGUGCGAAUACUACUGGAGAAAUUCAACGUCCUGAUGAAGUCACCACUGGAAGGCAACACAUUGCUGAUGCAGGGAGCUUCCCUCAAGUACUUGCCGAUGAUUCUUCAAGAUGUUGCAACGACCUUUGAUCCGGUCUUACUGAGCCACUUGUUGCACGAUUUCAUCAGGAGCCUUCCUCCGGAUCGACUGAUGAAGCAGAAGUUGCAGUCGAUGACUGCCAUCGUGGGCACCCAGCUGUUUAAGAUGGAAGAAUGCCGGGACAUUUUGCUAUCAGUGAUGACCACCACCUUGAUGGAGCUGAUUCAUAAAGGUGAAGAGGAGGAGGCGUGCGUUGAGCUACUCAGCAGCAUCCUGGAGGUGCUCUAUCAUCAGAAUGUGGGAAUCACAUACCGGGACAUUCAGGACAUCAUGGAUAAGUUGCUCCCGACUGUGAACAGGAUGGUCAUUAUGCUCGGGAGGGACCACAGCCUCAUCGUAAGUACUGGCUGUUUAACGUCAGGGCUGGGAUGCUUCAGGACACAGGGCUGCAAGUGAAACAAUUCACUUGACUUGUGUCGGUGAAAUGGCUGAUUUGCAUUCAGUUGAUCAUGGUUAAUCUGGAGGGUUAUUGACUUUGGUUUGCAGAGCAGUGCCCAGCGUCGUUUGAAAUAUGGGGCUGUGAAUAUAACUGAAGGUGAUGAAAAACAAUAUUUUGAUUCAAUCGCGAUUGACCCGAUGGAGUGUUGGCUGACUUUGCUUUUCUUUCAACUCUCGGAUAUUUUAAUUAAUCAGUUGCCAGAGAAUCGGUGGCAUUACCUAUAACACCAGUGUUCUUCAUUUAUUGGCUUGUUCCUUCAAGAGUGUUGACUGCGUCUCAGUGGCUAAAGGUUGCCGCAGACCAUAACUAAUUGCGUGGAGCGUUAAGAUUUCUCAUCACUUUGUCCACUUGAUCUUGCUUGCAUGUUGGAUUGGACGUAAAUCCCGGCGCUGAGAGAUCUGACGGGAGCGGGAUAAAGGUAGGCGUAGUGUAAGGACUAUGUCGGAGAAACCAUUGCAUUUGAGAUACAGGUGAUCUGCCAUUGAACCUCAACUGCCCUAAUGGAAACCAUGAAGCACUGUUUGGCCUUCCUUCACCUCAAUCACCAAGGGACCUGGAAGAAGGUAAGUCCUUAGCUCCAGCGUUAGCAUGAAGUGGACAUUU